UUCAGUUUUUUGAGUUGAAGUAUUAAUGUAAAAUAAAUUAAACAAUUAUUAUUAUUUCUUUAGAGUUUAUAACACAGUGAAAUAUUAGUCAUAAUAAUUAAAUAAACGGAUCAUUUAUAAUUAUAAUAAAUUUAUAACUUUUUUCAUAUAUUCUUAAAAGUAAGGGAAAAUUUAUUUGAUCAUCAGUGUUUGUUUACUUGAUAAAAAAUUAUGGAAUGUAAUAUAAAACGUCGAAGACGUGGUCACUAUGUCGUUGAAAAAGAAAAUAAUAAUUAUCAAGAACUUUAUCCUCAUGACAUAUCAAUGUAUACUGAAUAUCCAAAACAUACUGUCCAGCUUCAUCAUUUUUUUGAAUUAGGAUUGGAAAGGAGACAAAUUUUAAAAUUAGUUGAACUAGUUUUAAAUAGAUCCGAUUUGAAGACUGUAGAAGAGAGAAAAUUGGCCCUAAAAAGUGCUCUCAGAAGAGAUGGUUAUAAUUAUGCAGCUAAAUUAUUAACCGGUGCAGGUUGUACAUCUCAUACCGAUAUGGAAUUAGAAGCAAGAAAAAGAGACGUUUUAUCACACUUUAUAUUGAGACUUGCAUAUUCUCAGAGCCCGGAUUAUAAGAAAUGGUUCAUUGUUAUGGAAGUUGAAUACAUGAAACUAAGAAUUACAUCUUUAAAUAAUGAAGGAAUGGCAAAAUUAUUGGCUAUUAAUAACUUUACUUACCAUCCAAUUUCACAGGAAGAGAAAGAUGAAUUAAGAGAAGAGCUCAAUGCUUCAACAGCAAAGAUGUCCCUUAUAGACAAUACAGAUUUUUAUAAAGUGCCUUUCACUAAAGUCCUUGACCUAGUUAGAGCUAGAAAAGUGUAUCUUAAAAAGGGCAUGGCCUAUACCCCACAAUCUGAACUUUCUACCCUCUUCAUAUCACAAUACAAACGACAUCUCACGAAAGCUAUAGAGGUUGUUACGUCAUGCUUUUAUGAUCUGCAAGGUGAUGAAAGAAUCUUUGAAUACCUUAAAAAUUUACCGAGCUACUUCCCUGAAGCAGAUCGAACUAUUUGGUCGACUACAGAGACUUCAAUUGACGGUUUAGAUGAUUUAUCAAGGACUUCUUAUCCACUAUGUAUGAGAACCUUACAUGAAGCCUUGCGAAUUAAUCAUCACUUAAAAAAUUCUGGUCGUGUUCAGUAUGCUUUAUUUUUAAAAGGAAUUGGUGUAAAACUAGAAGAUUCACUACAUUUCUGGAGAGCAGAAUUCACGAAAAAAAUAGAUGGUGAAAAAUUCGAGAAGCAAUAUGCUUAUACUAUUAGAUUUCUCUACGGAAAAACAGGAAGCCAAAGAAAUUAUACACCAAUGGGGUGCACGAAGAUCAUUAAUAGCAUCGCUGGUGCAGGUGAAUAUCAUGGCUGUCCAUAUAGACUUAUGGAUAAUGAUACCCUCAAGAAGAAAUUAACAAGUUAUGGAAUACAAGCUACAGACGUUAAUGAAAUUGCUGGUCUCGCAAAGGAACAUCAUUAUCAAUUAGCGUGUGCCAAAUACUUUGAAGUAACUCACAAAACACCACCAGAAAAUCCAGUGAUGCAUCCUAAUGCUUACUUUUCAGAUAGUCAAAAUAUAAUAGCUAAAAUAACGGGUGUUUCUUCAGCGGAUACGAAUGAAUCAUAUGUCGCUAGUGGAACGCCAAAACAUAAAUCUGAAAUCAAAUCUGAACGAUAUUCUGCAGUGAGAACACCCAAUAGAACACCAAGUAGAACUCCUACAGCGAGAAGAAGCAUUAAAGUUGAAGUUACUGACAUCGAAAAAAUGUUGAAUGAUGAUGAGAUGGAGUAAGAAGUAGUAGAAUAUAAUGGUAUUAUUUAAUAAAUUUUCAUUUUUUUUCAAAAAA